AAAGACUUGAAUCCUUUCACCUCGCUGGUUGGUGUCCGUAUUCCAAACCACCCUUUUGUCAGGGAGGUGGCACGAGCUUGCUCUGGACCACUGGCUUUAACGAGCGCUAACAUCAGCUGCCAGGCGAGCACGCUGACCGUUUCGGAAUUCCAAGACCUGUGGCCUCACUUGUCCUUAAUCAUCGAUGGAGGCCCAAUAGGGGGUGUCCAGAGCCCAGAGUGUCGUUUGGGGUCGACCGUGGUUGACUUGUCUGUGUCGGGGAAGUUCACCAUCAUUCGUCCUGGCUGUGCACUGACAUCUACGGUUGAAAUCCUGAGGCAGAAGUAUGGCUUGGUACCAGGAUCAUCUUAA